AGAUUUUUCUGAAAGGAAAGUGUUUAUUUUCUAUUUUUCUCGGCAGCCUGUCUGAGCCUGCAAGGAUAGUUUGUGUCUAUGCUAGAAUAAGAUAAAAAGCCAAAUCCUGAAAGCACAAAGGAACACAUUGAAGCCUCUCUCCUUCUUCCAUUAUAGCAAUAAUCAUGGCUCCGAUGCUUGAGAGUGAAAAAGACCCUCCAAAACGACCUUCACGUGCCUUUCUGGACACAGUUGAAGAAAUCACCGCAAUUUAUAGGUCACUGCCACCUCGACCUUCCAUUGAAGAGGUGGAAGCUGCCACGUCCACUGUGGAUACCCUCAACAACGAGGAACAAACCAAACUCCACCAAAUCUCAAUGCAAAAGCCUCCUCGCGAUGUCCCCGAGGACCUCUUCUCUGUCCUGCAGCAACUCAAGAAGACCAUGCUCCUUUUCCAUACCCAACAACACAGGAGAGAGGCUCUUCAACUUCUUGAGCUCGAAAACAUGUUUCAAACAUUCGGUCAUCUCAUUCAGAGGGCUUCUGAAUUGGUCUCUGGAGAUAUCCACAAGAGAAGUCUUCCCUCUAUACCUGAAGAACUCGUAGUGAUCACUGACCAAACUGAAACUUUGGUGAAGGAAGACGAAGAAUCACAGAAGAAUGAUUUCCAAAUGAUACAGCUGUCCUUCUCUACAGGGAAUGGAAGCACUGAGAAAUUAAGUCUAAUGAAAGUUGCUACUCUUAUUGAAAGUUGUGCUGGUACUGGAGCUACAACCCUUGAACUUAGAGGGAAGUUGGAGGAUCAGAUGGAGUGGUUGCCGGUGUCAAUUGGGAAAUUAUCUGAUGUCACUGAAAUGGACCUAUCAGAAAACAGAAUCAUGGCUCUUCCUACAACCAUUGUGGGACUCAAGGCUUUAACAAAGCUUGAUCUUCACUCAAACCAACUUAUAAACCUUCCCCAUUCAUUUGGGGAAUUGAUAAACCUUGUUGAUCUUGACCUCCACGCCAACAGAUUGAAAUCACUUCCUGCUACUUUUGGAAACUUGACAAACCUCAUUGAUCUAGACUUGAGCUCAAAUGGGUUCACAAAUUUACCAGAGACAAUUGGGAAUUUGAGCAGCUUGAAGAUAUUGAAUGCUGAGACCAACGAGCUUGAGGAACUGCCUCACACAAUUGGAAAUUGCUCAUCACUAUCUGAGCUCAAGUUGGAUUUCAAUCAGCUAAAGGCCUUACCUGAGGCAAUUGGGAAGCUUGAAGGGUUGGAGAUUCUCACUUUGCACUAUAAUAGAGUUAAGAGGUUGCCUUCCACAGUGGGCAAUCUAUGCAAUUUGAAUGAACUUGAUGUUAGCUUUAAUGAGCUCGAAUUUAUACCAGAGAAUCUGUGUUUUGCAACUAAUUUGAAGAAAUUAAACUUGGGGAAGAACUUUGCGGACUUAAGAGCCUUGCCAACAUCAAUUGGAAAUCUUGAAAUGCUUGAGGAGUUGGAUAUAAGUGAUGAUCAAAUAAAAUCUUUACCAGAGUCUUUCAGGUUCUUGUCCAAGUUGAGAGUUUUUCGAGCUGAUGAGACCCCCCUUGAGGUGCCACCCAGAGAAUUGGUCAAGUUGGGUGCUCAGGAAGUUGUGCACUAUAUGGCUGAUUUUGUCACCAAAAGGGACGCAAAAAUCGUGCCAUUAAAGAAGAAAAAGAAGGGGUUCUGGUCCUGGUUUUGCUCCAUAUUUUGUUCUAAGCUUGAAUGAUAAUCGAACAAAGUCUAUGCUAAUUUAUGUUUCUUGUGCUUGUAUUUUGUCUGUCUGCUGCAUAUGAUUGAAACACCUUGUUUUUUCCUAAUAGAAAGUAAUCUGCAACCUUUUAACUUUGUUU